UGACUUGGAUGACGUCUUUCAAGGAUAACAGGGUCAGUUGCCCGUCAGGCCUGGCAUGGAUAUAUCGUAGCAACGUCGUAUCUCCGGUCCCGGGCUGCCCAUCAAUUCUGAUUCCGGGACGGCUAGGUGCAAUUUGUCAUCACUGACCAUCGAUGAUCAAAUGCCUGUCUCUGUGUGGGUAGGUUGAGGAGAAGCUUAACAAGACUUAAGCAUAACGCUUGCUGCCUACCGUUGUUUGGAAAUGUAUCGUCCCGUCUCCUCACCCAACCUGCAUCACCUACUGUGAGACCUAGACCGGCACUUCCAGCAAAACACCAUCCCUCCUCCAGCAGAGAACCACACAACUGUCAAUCAAGAUGCUCAGCAAGUCGAUUGUCGUGGCGCUCUUGGGGCUCGCCUCCCUCGUCACCGCCCAGAAAAAGGGACCCAUUGCCGACGUCCCCCUCAUUGCCCAUACCGGCACUCCCGUCGGCAAGGAGGUUUCCUACAACGGACUCACCCAGUACGUCUCGAAGCCCAAGAAAUGGAGCGCGCACGGCAACAAGACAACCGGGGUUUUGUACCUGACUGAUGUCUUUGGCAUCCAGCUGGACCAGAACAAGCUGCUCACCGACAGCUUCGCCCGAGCCGGCUUCGUCUCCGUCGCGCCCGACCUGUUCAACGGCAACCCGGCGCCCAACGACAUCAACAUCCCCGGCUUCAACACGACGCAGUUCCUUGCGCAGCACGGCCCCAACGUGACGGACCCCAUCGUCGCCAACUCGAUCCGGUACCUCCGCGAAGAGCUCGGCGUCGAUAGGGUCGCCGUCACGGGCUACUGUUUCGGUGGCCGCUACGCGUUCCGCGUCCUCGCCGACGGUAAGGGCGCCGACGUCGGCUUCGCCGCCCACCCGAGCCUGCUGUCCGACGACGAGAUCAAGGCCAUCACCCGCCCCGCCAGCGUCGCCGCUGCUGAGACGGACAAUCUCAUGCCUCCCGCCCGUCGCGCCGAGGUCGAGGCGCUCCUCAGCCAGACCGGACAGCCGUUCACGGUUGCGCUAUACAGCGGCACCUCCCACGGCUUCGGCGUCCGCGCCAACAUCUCGGACCCCAGGCAGAAGUUCGGUAAGGAGGAGGCUUUCCUCCAGGCUGUGCGCUUCUUCGACGUCUGGGCUUAAACGAGAGGGGGGUUUCUUUCUGUAUGUAGAUAGCUCCAAAAGUU